UCCCACAUAUCCCAUAGAGAAUAAGAUGCCAUGGAGGCCAGAGGAAGAACAGCACUUUCUGUCUGCUCGGUUCUCUUCUUCCUAACAGACGUCAGCCCUGAGCUCAUCCACGUUCCUUCAUUGCUCCAUCAUGGUAUCGAAGGGAAGUCUGUGCUCCUCUCCGUUGAGACUCUCUUCCCGCUGGAAGACGUUGAAAUCCAGGGAACUUGGUCCCACACCAGGGCGAGCGGCAUCAGAACCACGCUGGUAACGUUCACCAAAGAGACCACAAUCACUGACAUGAUGUACCGCAACCACCUCCUCUUUAAAGAACCCAAUGUGUCUUUGCUAAUCCGGAAAUUGAACCUGGACGAUGAAGGUGAUUACCACCUGAACCUCAACAUAGCGUUUCACAACAAGACAGGGCAGGUUAUCAAGGAGGAGAGAACUGUGCACGUAACAGUGGACGUCCCUGUGUCCACUCCAGUCAUUGAGAAGACCCCAUCAUAUGCAGUGGUUGAGGACAAGGAAAAUGUAACCUGGACUUGUUCUGUGGAGAGAGGAACGAGAGUUGCGUUCCAGUGGCUACGGGACAACGGUGCCCUAGGUCCCAGUGACGGACACCACUUCUCCCAUGACAACUCUACAUUGUUUCUCAGUCCUGUGAGGAAAGAGGACAAGGGAACCUACCACUGUGUGGCCAGCAACGUUGUCAGCCAGGGGCGGUACAGCAAGGCCAUGGAGCUCAACGUCUAUUAUGGCCCUUACAACCUGGAGGUGAACUCGGGCCAGGGCCUGCGGACAGGAGAAGUGUUCACCAUCAACCCUGGAGAGCUGGUCUUCUUUGAAUGCCAGGCUGACUCCAACCCACCCAACAGCUACGUCUGGAUCUCUAAGAGCCGCAACGCCACCCAGGUCAUCAGUGAGGGCCCGCGGCUCCAGGUGCGCUUCUACAGACUGGCCCAGGCAGAAGAGUACCUUUGCCGCGCCUUCAACAACGUGACGCAGAAGCAGAACGAGGCCCAGUUUACUCUGGUGGUGGCCAGCUUGGGAACAGGGAAAGAAAAGCACACCCAAGAUGGCAGCUCUAUAUCGCCUCUGGCAGCCAUUAUCUGGUCUUUGUUCGUCAUCGGCUGUAUAUUGCUGUUCUUCCUCACCAGAAACUGUCACCCAAAGAGAGUGCUUAUGCGCAUUUACAACAGACCGCUUUCAGAGCAGAAACGACCACAUCGUUCAGCCUGUGUAUUAACAGGUCAUGAAGAUGCAACAGAAGACUUUGGCAUCUAUGAGUUUGUCUCUAUACCUGGAAAAAUGGAAUCAGCACAGGCAUCAUGUAGAUCUCUGGCUCGCCUCGAGUCAGUUCAGGAUAUCCACACCACCAUCUACGAUGUGAUCAGACAUGUUCCUGAAACCCCAAGUCACACUUUGCUAAAUUAAGAUGGACAGUUAAGAUUGAACUUUCAGUUAUUUCACUUGGAGAGCAGCUUUGUUCUCUGCUAUCCAAGCCUGAAACUCUGGCUUUGGUGGGCCAUUUUUUGCACAUGGGAUGAUGGAGGCGAGUACACCAUUAGAUCGUGCACUGUUAUUGUCCACAGUUUUGGACAGAUGAAAGUGUAUGUAUGGCUUAAAUAUUUUCUAAUUAUUUAUUUUUACAACAGAAGUCAAACAGUUUUGCAAUUUUUCGUUCAAAACUUUAGGUCAUAUUAAACCAAGCAAGUUAGUCUUCAGCAUGAUCUUAUGAGGGACCUGUAAGGUACCCAAACUGGUCUACAUUUUUUAAUUACUAAGGUUUUAUUUGCCAUCUUAAUAAUAUGUUUUCUAAUUUCACAUUCCCACCAAUGAGAGUCUGUCAAGUGUUAUGAUGAAUGCCUUCUCUUGUAUGAAAUAUAAUUAGGUUAAUUGUAAAUAUUGUACAUGGAUUAUACGGCAGAUUCUUUAUUCUAUUCCUAUGUUUUCCCCCAAUCUAUUUAUUCCCAUAUAAACACUCAACCCUGUUUCCACAAAUGUAGCAUUUUCUUCUGCUCAUCAUGGAUGUAAAGAAAUGCUAAAACAAGGAAAAGAAAGAACAAUUCAUAAAUUAUUGUACAGUCUGGAUUCACAUGCUUGUUUUGUACUUUAUUAAAUAUAAAUAAAUAUAACUGUUUACUA